CAGACCCGCAGUUCCUGAUUGCUGGCUCUGUUGCAACUCCCUCUUCCUGUGUACUGAUCUGCAGCCUAUAAAAGCCUCUCUGCUGAGGGAGCUGCUUUGCAGAUGACAAGAGAGGGAGCCAAAGGAAACAGAAGGUUAUUCGUUUUCUGACUGUCCUGAAAACCCAUGUUUAUUCAGUAACUAUGGCAAGAAAUCUGUUAAAGAAUCCCAAUGGGGAUGAGCAGCUGGAUUCCUGGGAGCUGACAGAAAAUGGCGGGAACCUGUGGAAAGUGGAGGACAUGCCAGGAGACUGCGGCCAUGACUUCUACAAUGAGGAAGUCACAAAAUAUUUUGUAACUUCUUUUGAACUUUGCCUAAAGAGACAGGUGAUUGACCUGUUAGAGGAGGGUUACAGCCCAGAUCAGCUGGACGCUCAGCCUCCUGUCACAGUGGAAGACUGGUUCUGCGGCAGGACCGACUGCGGCUGCACCUAUCAGAUGACCGCCUGUCUGCUGGAUGAGAACCAAGAGGUGCUGCAGGAGUAUAACCACGGGCCAGAGACUCUGGACCCGGAGGCAGACUGCUCAUGGAAACAGGUUAGUCAUACAUUUUCUGACUACGGCCCGGGAAUGCGUUUCAUCUCAUUCGAACAUGGAGGAAAUGACACCAGUUUCUGGAAUGGGUGGUACGGAGUUCGGGUCACUGGGAGCUCUGUGACUCUCCAGGCCUAAAGUAGAGAAAGAGCCGGAAUGGAGAACGGAAAGAAGCGACGACAAUUAAGUAAAAUGAUGUGUUUGGAAAAAAAAGGAGGACCUGUUUAAAACUUUAGGACUCUUAACGGCUGCUGUGACAGCGCUGCAUUGAUCCAAACCUUAAUCCAUAGCUUGUCCACUAAUCAUGGAAAAUAAACUGAACUAUCGCUCACAACAAUGAAAA